AUGACAACUUCUUUGGAUUUUCCCAACAAUUGUUCAACCAAUGUCUAUACUCUGAACGACUUUAGCGAGAUCGCCUAUAUCGUAUGUACGGUGGCUACGCCGCCGACGCAAGACCCGUCAGCUUUCGUCUCGAGCCCUGAAAAUACCCUUGCCCGACUUCGAAGAACGGAACGUCAAUUCAGGGAAGCUUCGAUUCUUGCCGCGCUGGAUGUCGAAGCUCGGCAACUCUUCACCUUUUAUAAGAAGGUUGACAUUGCCAAUGCGAAGGAUCAGAAGACUUUGUUGACCAAGUUCGGCUUCGUGCUUCGAAGCAAUACUUGUACCAUAGCAUACAAGACUGCUGCACGACUCCCAGACUUGAUGAAGCCCGAACAAUCUCGACUUUACCGGCUUUUCACCACUGCUAUUGUCUCCAGCAUCAAGCUUCGUCCCCAUGGCGACACUGCCCUUCAGCCCCUUGGACUCAACCUGUACUUGUGUGAACGACCAACGCCGGACUCUGAAAUGCCCGCUGUCGAAUCCAUCCGUCGGUGGAGUCUGCAGCGUAUUGAUUUGCAGGUUGUACCCAGUGGACAUAUCAUUCUCACAGUGGCAAGCGAUGACAGAUUGUCAUUUACCAGAGCGCUUGACCUCGGCCAAGAUUUCGACUGGGAUCAGUACUCGAAGACGGACAGUCCCGCGUUAUACCUUGCACCAAUAGGCCGAAUUGCCAGGAUCGUUGGCCCAGGAACCAAUCGCGGAGUGAGAUUCGGGCUGGAUACCCGUGAACCACGAGCCGAUGGAUGCCAAACCGCAGAUCCACGGAAGGCGUUGUGGAAAGAAUUGCUUCCUCCAUGGCUCAAAGAACACAUGAACACGAUACUCGAAUACAAGGAUGUGACGUGGCUCGAGGCUGAGAUUCCGGUCCAGGAAGUUGACACAGAGUCUACAGACAGCCAACGUUUUUCCUCUUCGGAACAUGUCAACAACGAUCUGGUCACUUGGAGGACAGUAUUCUGGCCCUCAAAUCUUUGUUUCCUGCUUGAUAGCGAGAGAAGCUCCUCAAAAGAGGCGUUUCACAACGGUGAAGAUCCCAUGCAAUUCGUACAAGAUUGGAUCGCCGGCACCGCUAUGGAGCCACCCGCCGAUACGAAGGCCCAUCGCGAUACAUCUGAAGAUGAAGACGAGCCCCUUUUUACCGAAGACGGCGCAUUUGAUGAUUCAGAGCAUUUCCAACCAUUCGGGCCUCCCGCCUUCCCCGUGAGUCAAACAAUAUAUCCCACCCCACCUGAAGGUGGAAUGACACAUCUCACACCGGGGCUAUCAUCUCUUGAGAGAAUGGCAAUAACUCCGGCGAAUGUGCCUCGAGGUCCUUCCGACAUGGCACCCAAUCAGGAUGAGGAGAUGCACGACUUUGAGGAACUACCGGCAGCCAGUGACCUUCCGAGCUUCUACGACGAAGACCUCUUCGAAGAGAUGCCAGACGACAACUUUGGUCCGGAGGGCGCUGGUGACGAACCUAAUUGGGACUUCUUUGACCGUCCGGGGAUUGAUGCUAAAUCUACACCCAAGUCCCCCUCCAAUCGAGGUGAUGUGCCUACAAAGCGACUCGAAUCCGUGGAGGAAACGCAUGCGGCUGAAAAAGAUCUAGCGAGGGACGAAGAAGAAGAGAUGAAAUCGAAUUCACAAACAGAUGGAAGGAAAGAAAAUGCAUCCUUUGAUACAACUAUGACGACACAAGAAGUUGCACGCCCCCAUCAGUCUCCACAUCAUGAAGAGGAAACCGACGUUGCUCGUCAGGCGCACUCUGAUCAGAAGCCUCAUUUCCCGACCAAACCCAGUGUUCCCCUCUGGAAGCACAACAAUGACGAGUUGAAACCCCACAAGACCAGUUCGUGUCGACGUUCAAGCGUUUAUGAGAUCGUGGAUAUGAUUCCGAAUACUUCCAGUCGAGAUAGCAGGUACACGGCGAAUGGAGAUUAUUGGUUUGAUCCGAAUCCAUCUAUCUCAAAGUCGACAGAUAUUUCCAACAUCAAAACUAUCUUUCGACGACCGCCCUCGAGCUCCUCAGAGAGCGGCAUCUCCACGGGUAGUUCUGGUCUGCCACCGAGUUAUGGAGGGCUCGGAAACGGAGCUCCAGCGCCGUCAAGGCAGUGGACGGAAUAUCAUCCGGACUCUCCGGGGUUGAUCAGCCACAACGGAGAAGUUGAAAGGAAGUCCAUCCGGCAAGAAAUACAGUAUCUGCUCACUCUCUUCAAGCCCGGCCUGCUGGAGUACCCCGAAUUGUCGGACUUUGAUCUUCAGGAGAAGUCUUCUCCGACCCCAACAAUGUCGGCACAGAAAUUCUUACUAAUUGCGCACAUUCUGGUGGACCAAAUCACUCAAACGUCAUUGAUUUCUCGCCCCGGAGAGCAGGAGGAGCCCCAUGACCUCUCCGCCGAUCACAUGGAAGUCUCUGUUGAUCUCAGCGGUGUUAACACGUGUGCGAACCCAUCAUCAUUAUAUCAACUCGUCAAUUUCAAAGCCGACCACAAUAACGCCAAAUCCCAGGGAAGGAUAGUGAAAUUUCCUCCGAACCAGAUACGCGUACGGCGGUCGGACCAGCCCCUGGUUGCUUCAAUAUCUAUUUUGGAAUUCUGGGAUACGUUGAACUUGCAACCCGAGAGUGGCUCCAAAAAUGUCACCGCCUUUUGUGUCCACCCGCAUGCCCAGAAUGUCGCAGAUGGAUGUUCCAAUCUUCUGAAGAGGAUGACAGAUACUUACCACACUUGCGGCCUUGGAGUACAUAUGAUGGGCCAGGUUACAGGGUUGACGGAGAAUGGGUUGAUCAGCUGGGGCCCAGCUGCAUCUAGCCAGAGCAAUCUUCGCCAGACCUGCCAGAGAAUUGGAACUACAAUCGCUUCGGCUUCCGACCUGAAAGGCACAGUGCUCAUCUACAUGAUCAGUCAAGAUGAAAGUUCGACUUCCUACUUGGAAGCGUGCAGUGCUUUCCACGACCUUUACGAAUCAUUCACACAAGGAUUGGCCGACAGACAGGACAUUUCCGACAUCGCGCUGCAAGUCGUCCCACAAGGCUUCGUGGCAAGUGCGGAAACGCUGGUGAUUCCACCUCAAUACGCUUACCUCAAAUUGGCGAUAGAGGUCUAUAAUCGCCUCCCACCUCCAGACACUGCCGGACUUCCGGCUGCUUGCGGUUCGGCCAUUAUCUUGGCUAAAGAAGAGAGUUCAGUUCAUUUUCAACUCAGCCCGACGUUCAGAUCACCACUGUCGAACAAUGGACCGUGCCUGCACCUUGCUUAUUCAGUGAGCCCUGAUGACAGAUGGAUUACGGCUGCAUGGACGGAUGAGUGUGGGCGCGUCGCGCUUACCAUGUCAUAUUGCGCCCUUGUCCGUGACCCAGGCAAGAAGAGACCCAGGCAAGAGAUCCUGGAGGAAAUGUGGGAGGUGUCGCACGAUCUGGUGAGCAAAGAUCGUGGACCAUGGCGUCUAGCCGUGAUAAAGAGGGGAUACUAUGAUCCAGCGGAGCUGCUUGAAUGGCGUCAGAUUUAUCACAGUUCUACUCCGUCUCAGAAACACUGCUUGCUAAUGCUCCUUUCCUGUCAAGUUAACCCUCUUUUAAGGGUCCUACCUCAAUCGAACCUCGGAAAGACACCACAUCCAGGCAUGCAAAACAUGUAUGGGACGCCUGGAUCUACUCCACAAGCCAGCAUCACAUCUCCUGAUCAGCUCGUGCCGGCGACACCAACACCUGGUGGGAGCUCGAUCAUGAACGCUCCGACCCCUCCAGAUCCCGGAUUCGAUCCGAAUAUCGAAUGUGAUCUCACAUUGAUUGACCCGACAGAAGAGAGCUGGGUCAUUGUCUUACCAUAUGGGGUCAAUCAGACGGCUAACAUGAAUGACCUCCGCCCCGCGCUGGCAACUGGCUUGCUGAUGAAACGCAAAGGGCCAAAGAGCGAGGACGGAUGUACUUCGAUUGAGAUCAGUUUGAUCAGCUCAUUUACACAGGCAACAGACUCUUCAAGCGAGACAUCAGCAGACGACUUGCUUGAGGAUGCGAUUAAACAAUAUCGUGGUCUUGCAACUCUGGGCAUGACGCGAGUCUGCAGUGAUCCCCAUGCACACUGCAUCCCAUGGCACAUCGCAACGGCAACCAGAGGCUCCCAGAUCCUCGGACAGGUCAUGUAG